AUGGAAUCAACAGCUAAAGAAACAAAAACUGUUAAAAUUAGAAGGCCAAGGCAACCAAAAACAGAAGGAAACACUGCCCCUCUGAAAAAAGACAAAACAAUCAAAAUUAAAUUAACUGCAAGGAAAAAUAAUAAAGAUGAGGAUAGAAAUAUAGCUGAAGAAGACGAUGAAGAACCUGAGGCAGUUAUUGAAGAACAAUUAAUCUUUAGAGUACCAGAAGGGGAGUUGUGUGAUCGAUUACAUGAACUUGUAAAAAAAAGAGAAAUCCCAGAAGAUGUUAAAUUAAAUUUUAAAGAUAAUAGAAAAGGUUCAUUUACAUUUGAAGGACGCAAAUACGAUGCAUUAGUGGUUGAUCUACCAACUAUUAUUGAAGCACAAAAGUCACUAGAUAAAAAACAAUUUUAUAAAGUAGCAGAUAUUUCACAGAUGAUUUUGGUGGAUCCUACAAGCGGACCUGAACCUUUUAUCCCUCAAAUUAAUAAUAAAGUUGAUACUGAUCCUUAUAGUUUUCCUCAUGGUUUAACUCCCCCUUUAAAACAUGUGAGGAAGAGAAGAUUUAGAAAGAAGUUAUCAAAGAGAGCUAUUGAAGAAGUAGAAAGAGAAGUAGAAAGAUUGUUAGAAAUUGACGCUACAGCAGAGGAUGUACAAUAUGAGGUGGUAGACAAUAGAGAAAUGGAAAUGGAGGUAGAAUCAGAUGCUGGUACACAGGAUAUUGAUAUUGAUGAUGAUGUCGAUGAAAGUGAAAGUGAUGAAGAUUUAGCUGCUGCUAUUGAUCGUGAUCUUGAAAUGAUGGAUGAAGAGGAUGAAGAUAAUGAGGAUGAAGACGAUGAAGACGAUGACGAUGAUGAGUCAGAAGAAGAUGAAGAUGAAGAAGAUGCUGCACAAACAGGCGAAAUUGAACAAAAACGACAAGAAAUUGCCGAACUUAAACAAGCCAUUCAGCGAAAAACGCGUGAUUUAUCAACUGCUCCAAAUGCAAUGUUAAAGACCCGUUUUGAAACUGAUAUAAAUAACUUAAAGAAAGCGUUAACAUUAAAAGAAGCUCAUCUUGCAGAAAUGAACGAAAAAGAAAAAGAUAAAUAA